GUGGUCAGCAUCAGCCACUGACCCAUUUGGCAAGCUCACCCUAACAGGCCACCAUGCUUUCCCGUGCCGUUCUCAGCGCCUCGCGCGCGCCCGUCGUCUCUGGCAUCGCUGCCCGCCACUAUGCGGAGGCGGUUGCCAACGGCAAGAUUGUGUCAGUCAUUGGUGCCGUCGUCGAUGUCAAGUUCGACGAUGGUCGCCUGCCCCCCAUCCUCAACGGUCUUGAGGUGGCUGGCCGUGAGCAGCGCCUUGUCCUUGAGGUUGCCCAGCAUCUCGGUGAGAACACCGUCCGUACCAUUGCCAUGGACGGUACUGAGGGUCUGGUCCGUGGUCAGCCCGUUGUCGACACUGGCGACGCCAUCAAGGUGCCCGUCGGUGAGGCCACCCUUGGCCGUAUCAUGAACGUCAUUGGUGAGCCCAUUGACGAGCGUGGCCCCAUCAAGGCUGACAAGUACGCCCCCAUCCACGCUGAGGCUCCCGAGCUCGAGGACAUGAAGACCGAGGCUGAGAUCCUUGAGACCGGUAUCAAGGUCGUCGAUCUGCUCGCCCCCUACGCCAAGGGUGGCAAGAUUGGUCUUUUCGGUGGUGCCGGUGUCGGCAAGACCGUGCUUAUCAUGGAGCUGAUCAACAACGUCGCCAAGGCUCACUCCGGUUUCUCCGUGUUCGCCGGUGUCGGCGAGCGUACCCGUGAGGGUAACGAUCUCUACCACGAGAUGAUUGAGGGUGGUGUCAUCCAGCUCGAGGGUGACUCCAAGGUCGCUCUCGUGUACGGCCAGAUGAACGAGCCCCCAGGUGCUCGUGCCCGUGUCGCUCUGACCGGUCUGACCGUCGCCGAGUCCUUCCGUGACCAGGGCCGUGACGUGCUUCUCUUCAUUGACAACAUUUUCCGUUUCACCCAGGCCGGUUCGGAGGUGUCUGCCCUUUUGGGUCGUAUCCCCUCGGCUGUCGGUUACCAGCCCACUCUGGCCACGGACAUGGGUGCGAUGCAGGAGCGCAUUACCACCACCACCGUCGGUUCCAUUACCUCGGUCCAGGCCGUCUACGUGCCUGCUGAUGAUUUGACCGAUCCCGCCCCCGCCACCACCUUCGCGCAUCUUGACGCCACCACUGUGCUUUCCCGUGGUAUUGCCGAGUUGGGUAUCUACCCCGCCGUCGAUCCCCUUGACUCCACCUCGCGUAUCCUCGACGUUUCCGUUGUCGGUGAGCGCCAUUACAAGACCGCCCGUGAUGUCCAGAAGAUCCUCCAGGACUACAAGUCGCUCCAGGAUAUCAUUGCCAUCCUUGGUAUGGAUGAGUUGUCCGAGGAUGACAAGAUGACCGUCGCCCGCGCUCGUAAGAUUCAGCGCUUCCUCUCGCAGCCCUUCGAGGUUGCCGCUCCCUUCACGGGCCAGCCCGGCCGCCUUGUGCGUCUCGAGGACACCAUUGACGGCUUCCGUCAGAUCCUUGAUGGUCACCACGAUGACAAGCCCGAGGUUGCCUUCUACAUGGUCGGUGACAUCAACGAGGUCGCCACCAAGGCCGAGUCUCUUGCCCAGGACGAGUAAAUUGUUCCUCUAGCGCAUAGGCUUUUUUGUGCUCCUCUACUUUUUUUACCUUUUCUUUCUUUCCUCUCUUCCCUCUCCGCUCUCGCGCCUUUGUUUUGCCUCGGACAGUCGGCUUUGUUUUUCUGCGGGGGUUUUUUCUCUGUUCCUGCAGUGCCAAUGAUGACCGCUUCCCUUUAAAUUGGCAAAGCCAGUGUUUUGGUAGUGCGACCUUCUCCCAUUCUUUUGCCUUGGUUUGCUCCUUUGCCUUGUCGUUCAGCUUUGAACCGCACUGGUGCUUGAGUAAAUCUCCUCUCAAAUUAACAAAAAUUUUG